UCUGACAUCUUAGCGUGGUUGCGGUGCUGGCUGCUGCCCUCCGAGCUUCGCGAUGCCUCCCAAAGACGACAAGAAAAAGAAAGAUGCUGGAAAGUCAGCCAAGAAAGACAAAGACCCCGUGAACAAAUCUGGGGGCAAGGCGAAAAAGAAGUGGUCCAAAGGCAAAGUUCGGGACAAGCUCAAUAACCUCCUCUUGUUUGACAAAGCCACCUACGACAAGCUCUGCAAGGAAGUCCAAAUCUAUAAACUUAACACCCCUGUUAUUGUGUCUGAGAGGCUGAAGAUUCGGGGGUCCUUGGCCAGAGCUGCCCUUCAGGAGCUCCUUAGUAAAGGACUUAUUAAGCUGGUUUCAAAGCACAGAGCUCAAGUUCUUUACACCAGAAACACCAAGGGUGGGGACACCCCAGCUGCAGGGGAAGAUGCGUGAGCAGGUCCCAACUGUACAUUUUGAAAAAUAAAAACUUUAUUAAGUAAAAAAAA